AUUUGAAGUUAAACUCUGUCUUCUCCCUGCAGGUUUGUCAACAUGGCUGGCAUUUUUAAGUUCUCAGCGGUGGCUCUGUUGCUUCUGUCUGCCUACUGUUGGGCUGAUGAGGCAGAUCUUUCUGUCUCCGAGCUGCUGGAAAGAGCCAACAGUCAUCUGGUGCGCUCCGACAACGUGCCCGAACUGGUUGAAGGGGACAUCGCCGUCAGCAAUGAAGCAGAGAAGAACGCCGACCCCUGCACCAGCCGUGGCUGCAUGUGGCUGAAGUACAGUGACGGAAAGGUGUACAUUCCUUACUACAUCGCCAACCACUACUCGAGUCGUGAGCGUGAUAUCAUCGUCCGUGGACUGGAGUCCUUCAGCUCCUUCUCCUGCAUCCGCUUCAGGCCCACCAUGAGCAGUGACCGUGAAUGGCUCCAGAUUGAGUCUCGUGAUGGCUGCUGGUCUUACGUUGGCCGUACUGGUGGUGGCCAGAUUGUGUCCCUGGCCCGUUCAGGAUGUCUUUACCACGGCACUGUCCAGCAUGAGCUGCUCCACGCUCUGGGAUUCAACCACGAGCAGACCCGCUCUGACAGAGACAACCACAUCAGAGUCCUGCUGCACAACGUUAUCUCUGGAAUGGAGCACAACUUCAACAAGAUCGCCACCCUCAACCAGGGAACUCCCUACGACUACAACUCUGUCAUGCAGUACCACAGGACUGCCUUCUCUAAGAACGGCCAGCCCACCAUGGUCCCAUACCCUGAUGCCAAUGUUUCCUUCGGCACUGCCAGGGAGAUGAGCCGCUAUGACAUCGCCAGACUCAACACUCUCUACAAGUGCUAAGUGAAUCUGAAGAUCUGAAGGCAUCUGCUACACCAUCAGUGGCUGUCUAAUAAUGUUGUUGAUGAAUAAAACAUUUCUUCAAACCAAA